AUGGGCAUAUUUGAGGCUGGCUUCGAGAAACCUUCUCCUAUCCAAGAAGAGAGCAUCCCUGUCGCAUUGACAGGCCGCGACAUAUUAGCACGUGCCAAGAACGGCACCGGAAAGACCGCCGCAUUCGUCAUCCCCGCCCUCGAAAAGAUCAACCCCAAAGUGUCCAAGAUUCAAUGCCUUAUCCUCGUCCCCACCCGAGAACUGGCGAUGCAAACCUCGCAAGUGUGCAAGACAUUGGGCAAACAUCUCGGUAUCAAUGUCAUGGUGACUACUGGUGGUACCGGUCUGAGGGACGACAUUCUGCGUCUUCAGGACCCCGUCCACAUAGUGGUGGGCACACCAGGUAGAAUCCUCGACUUGGCAGGCAAAAAUGUUGCCGACCUCAGCGAAUGCCCCAUGUUCAUCAUGGACGAAGCCGACAAACUCCUCUCCAUCGAAUUUACUCCCGUCAUCGAGCAAUUGCUGCAAUUCCAUCCCAAGGACCGUCAGGUCAUGCUCUUCUCCGCUACAUUCCCUCUCUCGGUCAAGGACUUCUCAGACAAGAACAUGGUCAGCCCCUAUGAGAUUAAUCUCAUGGAUGAGCUUACUCUUCGCGGCAUCACCCAGUACUACGCUUUUGUCGAGGAGAAGCAGAAAGUCCACUGCUUGAACACUCUGUUCUCCAAGCUGCAAAUCAACCAAUCCAUCAUUUUCUGCAACUCAACGAACCGUGUCGAGCUGUUGGCCAAGAAGAUUACCGAAUUGGGCUACUCUUGCUUCUACAGUCACGCCAAGAUGGCUCAACAGGCACGCAACCGCGUCUUCCACGACUUCAGGAAUGGUGUCUGCCGGAACCUCGUCUGCUCUGACCUGCUCACUCGAGGUAUUGAUAUCCAGGCAGUCAACGUUGUCAUCAACUUCGACUUCCCCAAAAACGCCGAGACAUAUCUUCACCGUAUCGGACGAUCGGGCCGAUACGGACACUUGGGUCUCGCCAUCAACCUCAUCAACUGGGAGGACCGCUUCAACCUGUACAAUAUCGAGAGGGAUCUUGGUACGGAGAUUCAGGCAAUCCCCGCCACCAUUGACAAGAGUCUCUAUGUAUACGAGAACCCCGAGUCCAUCCCCAGGCCCAUCUCCAACUUCAAGCCUGGCGCACCCCAAGGAUCUCAGCCAGCGUCUUCGCAAGCCUCCUCGUCUCAACCCCGCCCGCAACAACCUCUGGACGGACAGAACCCGAAUGGACGUCAAGGCGGUUGGAAUCAAUCCCGGCAGCAGUACCAAAGUGGCCGAGGCGGCUCACGAGGCGGUCGUGGUGGUCGCGGCGGCGGCUACCAAGGCCAGCGCUCUCAAAACUUCAACGGCCCGCGGGGCGGCGGCCGGGGCAACCAAGGCCAGCCUCAGCAGUCAUAA